AUGGAGUCUGCCGCGGCAACACCGCUGGCUGCAUCAGGGGCCACCCCCAGGCGCGACAGCAAUCGAAGUACACAACUGUCUUCCACAUCAUCGCCGCCGUCGCAGGGCCUCGAUGUCCAUGGAGGAGAUGACACGUCGGGCGUGUCGACCUCGCAACGGUCAAAGCUUGCCCAGCAAGCCGACCGACUCAAGAACAUGCUUCGAGGUGGCACACCGUUGGUGGGCGGCGUUCCGUCGGACGCGGCGCGGUUGGCGCAGAAGAUGCAGUACUACUCGACCAUGCGCGUGCACAUGAAGCGGGUGCAGUACGCCCUCGAGGAAGAGAAGCGCAACUCGUUCUACAAGGAACUGCUCGUGUACCUGCUCUUCCUCGCGAUCAUGAUGACGACUGUGUGCACGUUACCGAUCCAAGUGCCGUUCGAGCACAACGACGCCCUCGAGCAAGCGUACCUCGAUCAAGAGUUCAACAACGUCAGCUUCAAGAAGAACUUUUACGAAGUGGACGGCCUCGACGAAAUGUGGCAAUGGUUCAACGACGUCCUCCUCGAUACGUACUACCACCCGACGGAACUGAACGUCCGCCGCAUCUCGAGCAUCCAGGUCCGAUCUGGCCGCAUGCAAGGGAUGCCCUGCGAACUCAUGGACACGGGGUCCACGCUGUCGCUCUUCCCCGACGAAGUGUGCUAUCCCGCGUUUUCCCUGCAUCAACAAGACACAUCGCCAUACAUGUCAUCAUCUGACGGCGAUCCAUCGGUCGGAAAGAUCAUCGCAUAUGAGAAGGACCUGCCGCUGCUCGUGCGCUCGCUGCUGUUUACACCAAGCAUUAUCAAUGCUCGCAUGGACUAUGGCACUGGGGGAUACACGGCGUACUUGCCUCGGGACAACGCGACCGCCGGCGCCGUCGUCCUCGGCCUGCUCCAGCAGUCGCUGGUGGUCCCCAGUACCCGAUACGUGGCAGCUACAUGGGCCCUGUACAAUCCCAGCUCUGCCGUGUUUACUCACUUUCAAGUGAUGUUUGAGAUCUCAUCCACCGAUCACAUUGAGCUCACGCAGCGAAUAUGGAGCUUCCAUGUACUCGGGUACCGCAGCUUGGCGGCAUUUUUAUCAUUGGAGAACAUUCUGAUGCUGUUCCUGGGGGGUGUAACGGGGAUGUUUACAGUGCGCGAGGUGCAGAGCUGCUCGGAAGUGGGCGUCCAGAAGUACACUCAGUCUAUGUGGAAUGCUGUGGAUGUGCUCCAGCUCGGGUGUUUGUAUGCGCUUGUGUGGACUUGGUUCAAGUACCUCUGGCUUUGUCAUGAUGUGGUUCCCGUGCUCGAGGAUAUUGUCCGCCGCCAUACCUGUGUGUCCAUUCUCAGUGGCCGUGAUUGCUUUGUGGACCUGGGGCACAUUGGGUCGGUGGUCCAAGACGUGACCAACAUUUCUGCUUGUGUGGCGCUCGUGAGUGUCGCGAUUGUAUUCAAGUACCUCCGCCUCAACACCCGGCUCAACAUGCUGUGGACGACGCUGCGGCUCGCGGCCAAGGACCUCGUCGCAUUCGUCGUGAUCUUCGUGUUUAUCUUCUUUGGGUAUGCUGUGAUGGGGUUUUUGCUGUUUGGGACGCACGUGCGCGAGUACCGGAGCUUGAGUGGCAGCCUCGCGUCGUGCUUUCAGAUGCUCUUGGGUGCGUUCGACUUGUCAACGCUGUCGCAGGCGAAUCCAGUCAUGGCGGGGCUAUUUUUCUUUACCUUUAUGAUCUUUGUGUUUCUGAUCGUGGUCAACAUGUUUAUUGCGAUUUUGAGCGAGUAUUACUCGAUCGCGCAAGAUGAAAAGCGCGCCGCGGACGCGGCCAAGCUCGACCUGUUGCUCGUGCCCCACCCGACUAGUAGUACUAGUACUAGUACUAGUACUAGUAGUACCCAGCCCAGUGGCGGCGGCGACAGGAUGAAGCACCCAAAACCCGAUGUCUUGAUCGAGUAUGAUGUCCUCCAACAACUCACAGAGUACUGGACCAACCUCACAUGGCGGGUACGACUCACCCGGAAAGAGCCGGUGCCGCUCACGGGCGGGGCAUGCGUUCUCCUCGUCGACUUUGCAUACCUCCAAGCCGAGCGGACCCGCCUCGCGCACAAGUUCCGCACCGCGAUUCGGGUCAUCCGGAUAUGUUUGGCGUUUAUCCGGCCUCUCCGGCGGUUCUUUGUCGAUUUCGACGCGGCGCACGUUGUCGCAUGGUCGUUGUUCGCCAAGAAAUCGCUUUAUGGUUCAAAAACGUCGUCGCAUAUUCGCCACGCCGACAUGUACCGCAAGUUUCCAGCCGUGUAUGUGCCGCUGGCGUCGAACGCGGCGAAUCCCCUGAUCAUGAUCGAUCAGCUCCAGCCUGGAGAUGUGCUCGAACUGGACGAUGGAUCGCUCACGUUUGACCGUAUCGCACUUCAUGUGAUGGGCGACCAAUCGCUGUACGUUGCAGACGACGACGACAGUGUCACAGAUCCAUCGAUCCAGCAGCGGCGCAUGUCGAGCUUUGGACUCCAUCAUGUCCAUCCAAGCAUCGGCGGCGGCGGUAGCCACAUCAAGUGCUGUCGGGUGGUAUAUCAAGGCGAGAGCAUCCUUGCGGGUCACGAAACGGUGAUCGUGUCCAAGUGGAGCUGGGUGCGGUACUUUGCCUGCUCGUGGUGGCGCCACGUGUCGUCGUUGAUUACGUCAUCACCGAUUACGUCAUCACCGAUUACGUCAUCGCUGAAAAAGGAACGCAAUGUGGAAAUCUCUGACGACGACAUUGCCCAACUGCUCAAUGUACAGCUCGCACAUGACCACGGCCGAGGCCACAGCUGCCGGUUCGACGAACUCGUGCGGCAAUUUCGGCUCUUUUUGGCCAAAAAGGCUAGAUUAGGCACGAUCCGACUGCCGCAUCAUGACCUGGAGACGUGUGUCAUGCGCGAAGCGAUUGCGUUUGUCGAGCGGUUUGACAAGGCGCUGCUGCCCCUCGAUGCCCGCGAACUCCACGGGUACAAGUACUCGCCUACACCCACAGACACGUCCAUGGUUCGGCUGCCGAAUUCCAUCGCGAGGCUCUCCGAAUUCCUCGCGCAUAAUGCCCAUGAAGUAUGGGCCCAAGGCCGCGUCGCUCAAGGAUGGAAGUACGGACCCCAGCGUGACAACCAACUCAAACUGCACCCAGACCUGGUCGCGUACGAUCAGUUGUCGGACGAAUCCAAAGCAUAUGACCGCGACACGUCCAUCGAAGCGCUCAAGGUGAUCCAGGCCCUGGGGUACAUCAUGCAACCCACGCAUCACCACUCGACCGGCAAUAGUACUACUAGUAGUAGUACUAGUAGUACCAUCACUGGGUCGCGCAUUGCCAACACCCUCAUGAGCGCGACGUCAUCUAGUAUGAUGGAUUUUGACGUGGAAUUUGGGCUGGCGGUGGCCGACGGCGACACUUACGCGCCUCAACCAAUCGCUACAGACGACAUUUCGCUCAGUCCGGAGCUGAACUCUCUGGUGGAGCUGCUGGCGGAAAAUACCCACGAUGUAUGGGCGAAGAAGAGGAUGGAGGAGGGCUGGGUAUAUGGCCCCCAGCGGAACGACCCGCGCAAAGAGCAUGAUGGGCUGGUGCCAUAUGUAUACCUGACGUCGGAUGAGAAGGACAUGGAUCGCAACACGGCAGUGCAGACGAUCAAGUGCAUCCUGCGAUGUGGGUUUACGAUUACCCAUAGCAAACAACAACGGCAUCCCCGAUCUUCCAGUGCCAAGUUCAAAUUGUUUGGCCGGUCGGAGGAUGCGCAGAUGGCGCGACUCGAGGACGCGACGGCAGCGGCCAUGACGGUGCAAAAGGCCAAAGACGCGUUUAUGGGGCGCCGCGGGCACAAAACGUACGGCUCGGUCACGUUUGCCGACUCCCCGACCCACCACCAUCCGUCUGCGACACCGUCUGUGGCGCGCGCGUCGUCGGUGGAACUGCCCCCCACGACCGGCGGCUCGAUGCCCCUCACCAGCACUCGACUACGCACCAGUUUGAGGCGCACGCCGUCGCUGCCCCCGUCCGGAUCCGCUGGAGUCUCGUUUCUCACCACCGACGCGGAACCUCCCGACGCGACCACCCCAUCCCACGACAAUGACCAGAAUGAUGAUGAUGUACAGAUACACAUCCAACGUUAACCACGACUCGGUGGACGUGCUAAAAAUAACGCCUAAGCCAAUCAAAUCACGCGUUCUGGUGAAUAUCUGCCAAUCCAAACGCUUGAUUCGGCCCCCUCCCUUGGCACUAUAUAUGAUGUACAAAUCGUUGUAUAUAUAAUAGCUUAGAGCACAUCUCCACCGC